GCCGCCGCUGCGCUGUGAAUAGCAGCUGGCUAACAUGAGCAGCACCGGGGAGGAGAUGGCGCCGCGGACAAACUGCAACCGGACAAUCACACAUUCUCCAUGUGUAAACUGAAUCCGCUUUAUGAAGGGGAAGGAUUUAGUUUUCCUACGGAUGUUUAGAGUCAACCCCCCAGGGAGAGCUGCACUGCUUCACUCUAUCAUCACGCAUCAAAGCUGAAGCAUAGCAAGGUCAGUGUCUGUGUGGAAACACCUAUUUGAUGACUGCGGUGGCGGGGCAGGAGUGCAGAUCCUAGGAAGAUGGCCUCGCCCUUUGUGCCCGUCCCUGUGCCCAUGAACAGAGGCUUGUCAGGUGGUAGAACCAAGCUAAGACGGCCACAGCGAGCUUCGUCACUAGGCAGCGUCUCCAGCUGUUUGGAAGACCCCGGAAAAGGGUUUGGUUCCCAGCAUCAAUCCCGCUGCAUUGACCGGGGUGGCCGCAGCCAGACGCCGCCGCCCCUCCAGAGCCCUGUGACACGGACCAGGAUUAAUGGGACUCUGGAGGCUUCUGUAGAGUUCUCCAGUUGCCCCCGCUCCAUAUCCGAUCCUGCUGGGAGCCAGCAAGAUGAGGAGAGACCCAUCACCCCCACUGUGCUGGGGUAUGAAGUCAUGGAGGAGAGAGCCAAGUUCACGGUUUACAAGGUCCUGGUCAGGAAGACUCCAGAUGAGAGCUGGGUUGUUUUUAGAAGGUACGCAGACUUCUCCCGGAUCAACGAUAAGCUGAAGGAGAUGUUUCCAGGCUUCCGGCUCUCGCUCCCUCCUAAGCGGUGGUUCAAAGACAACUAUGACAGUGACUUCCUGGAGGACAGACUGUUGGGACUACAGGCCUUCCUGCAAAACCUGGUUGCACAUAAAGACAUUUCCAACAGCAUGGCAGUGAGAGAAUUCCUAUGCCUGGAUGACCCACCAGGACCCUUUGACAGUUUGGAGGAGAGCAGGGCGUUCUGUGAGACUCUGGAGGAGAGCAACUAUCGUCUCCAGAAGGAGCUGGUGGAGAAGCAGAGGGAAAUCACCUCCCUGAAGAAGAGGCUGGAGGAGAGGGAGCAGGCAAUCCAGCUGCUGGAGAAACACAUCAAUGGCGACUGUGUGAGUCCAGGGUCUCCGUUUGGACUCUCCGCUCAGGGCAGCGAGAGCAGUGCAGAUGCAGAGGUUGAGUCAUCCGCUGCAGAGGCUGAUCAGGACAUGACUGGCGACACUGGCAGUGCUGCUCCAAUCUGAAAAAAAACGAGCCCCGAAACAUGUGAGUGGCAGAUGUGAGGUCCAGCUGGUGAGAUCCUCUGCCUGUUGGUGCAGGCCAUCACUCAGCGCCUCUCCUCCGGUCAUCCAGGUCACCCAGCUCUACCAGCACAAGCUGGAGCACUGAGGCCGACGCUGGUUUCUUCCCCCCUUUUAUUUUAUACUCCUAGUUAGUUUUUUUUCUGGCCUUUCUUCAAGCUUCAUGUUCCAACCUCCCUUUCCCACCUUUCAGAUUAGAACUGCGGUUUCACAUUUCAGCUGGAUCUGAGACAGCCUUUCCAUCUAAAUCUGUGUCUAGGAUUAAAAGGGAAAAAGGAUUUCUACUGAUACAGCCUGCUCCCAUAAUAUACUUUAUCGGGCAAUCUAGAGAAGACUUCUUUCUGAAGACCUUGUACAACGUGUUAUAGGAAUUAUGUUUGAAAUUACAUGGUCCUACUCCUUCAAUGUUAAUAUUGUCUUAAACUGUGGGAUGAUUUCUCCAUACUCCCACUGUGUCCAAAAUUUGGCUUCAUGACCAAAACACUGAGACAACUAAAGAUGAUAAGGACUCACACCACUGAAUGGUUUGAUGACUUUCACAACAGUGACAAUCUACAGAAACCCUGAACCCUCAUUGCAUCAGUUUCUGCAGACGUGCUUUGCCUUAAUGGCGCCCAGAGGCCCUUGUGUCUAACCAGCGAAACGACAUACGUCCAUGUGGCUGCAGGAGAAAGAAAGUCUGGAUGAAUGAAACGUCUCAGAAGCGUUAGUAACCAGGUGGGUAUCACAGAGGAUCGACCACUUUCUGUUAGCUGAUACUUCCAUGUCUAUGCGUUUUUAUUUUUACACUUCAGUUCAACUCCUAGAAGUCGACGUUCCCUCAUAUUAUUAGUGCCAUGCGUCAUUUGUCCUGUGAGCGUCUAUAACACGAUGUCCCGAGAGAAAGCCAACGAAAUGUGGCCCAUUGUUUCUUUUCCAGGAAUGUAAUGGCCAAUGUGUACAUUAAUCAAGUCAUUUCCCAUUCGCUCAUGGCUCAUACAAUGCGUCUGUACAUUACCCUAAUGGUUUGCUUCUAGGCCCUGAUUAUGCCCAUUUGAGUGCUUGAAUAUUUACAACACUAAACCUCUUCUGGCGCCUUAUCUGUUAACAGAGUGGGAGUGUGCCAGGACUCGUUUCAGGUUCCUCGGGCUCUAAUGUGACACAUUUGCAAAAUACACUUUUUUUAAUCUUACCCUUGCUGGAUUUUCUCCUUGCUUUAUUUGCUUAAGGUUUUCAGAUAUUUCUUCUUAAUCAGGCUAAUCAACAGAUGGCUCUGAGGGGAAUUUGCAUUCAAAAGCAAUUCCACUGAGUAGCCAUCAGUGUGGCUGCAGAAGCCAGCUGUCUAAAAUCCACUUGCACAUUGUAAAACUAGAACUGUCUACAAGGCAAGACCCCCAAAGAGUACCAGAGCAAGUCUUUUUUUUUGGGGGGGGGGAAAUGUGCACAUAAAGAGACUUGGAAACGCAGAAGAAACUUACAGUGCUGCUAGUUUACCUGAAAUAAUCCACCUGGGAGAAACGCAAGCGGGAAUGAGGAUAUUUAGAGCCGGGCCUGUCAGUUUGGUUUAACAACACAGCCUUGGGUUUGAAGACAUCGAGGCCAUUGAACCGGUAUUUUAUAAAAAAAGAACUGUGACGCAACUGGCAAAUAAACAUUGAGACGUGUUGCCACUGAAUCAGUACUGAAGACUGUUACCACACCUACAUCAUCCACAGAAGCCAUAUUCUCAGAUGCAAAUAAUUUUCGAGGAUUCAAAUAUUUUUGCUUAAUGUGUGCCGAAUAGUUGCUGCGUUUUUUUUCUUUUCCUCCUCUGUCUUUGAGGAUGAUUAUUGAAGUGUAUUAUAAUCACAGCUGAUGUUGAAUUAUCUCAUGGCCUCGAUCAGGUCGUGUGAUGCACUUUAUGGAUGAAUGGUGAUGCAUGAUCGCUAGGAUAUGUUUUUAUUACUCAAUCUUCAUUUCGAGACAGAAAAGUGCCUUUUCUCACUAAGUCUGUCUCCAUUUCCAACGGAACUCUGUGAAUAGGUGAUUUAAUGAAUAUGACGUUUUGUUCAUGUUUUUCUUUAUUAAUUCUAUUCAGACAUUAUAAUGUUAAGUGCCUUCGGUAUCUUUCACCUGUUUUUUUCUUUGUGCGAUUAGCUUUAUAGAUUUGUGUCGGACAUGAAAUGUGUUAAAAUGUUAAAAAUAUUGUUUUAAAUGACACCCGUAUGUAUAAGUCAUUGCUAAAUGAAAUAACCUGGAGUUUAGGUUCACAUAUACACCCAUAGUUGCACUAUAAAAAGAUUUAUACAAAUAACAUUUGGUAUCACUAUAAAUAGCCCUGGAUUUAACAGGAUAAUUCAAGGACAAAUCUGGUUUGAUGUGGAAACUGUAAGUACACUGUUACACAUGCUUUAACGGAGAGACAUUUUCACAUGCAAUUAAAAAAGAUGAUGUAUUAAAAACA